GCCGGGCCAGGCGACUGGAGAAAGGAAGAACCACGGUCAAGCUUUUGCCCAAAUGGGUUUGAUUGAUGUCAAUCGACCCCGUAGUUAACGGUUCGGAGAUGCUGCGGCUAGGAGUGCAAGCUGUUGUUUGCUCCAUCGUAGCAGCUGGCUAGUUAGUUGACUAGUUGAGUAGUUGAUCAUUGCGAUCAAUGUCAUUGUCAGUACCCAGGGCAGAGGGUUGACGAGUAGCUGUGAAAGCAUGAGGAUGACCAGAGGCAACUCUGUGAUAGAGCGAUGAUAUCAGCUGAAAUUCUCCCCGCAUCAGUAGACAUAUAAUCAUUCCCUUGCUGGUUAUCGCUUGACCCGGCUUCUUUGGACGUUAUAGCCACUACAGGACUUAUAUACCAAUAUAUACGCCUACCUGCUAACCAUGAGCCAGAUUCCAGUCAUCGACUUUGCACUGUUCCGCGAUGGAAGCCCGGAAGAUGCAGAGGCUACAGGGAAGAAGAUCUUCGAGGCAUUUCGAGAUGUUGGAUUCGUCUACUUGAAGAACCACGGCGUCCCCCAGGAGGUUGUUGAUGAGGCGUUUUCCUGGAACAAAAAACUGUUCGACCUUCCACAGUCUGAGAAGGAAAAGGCGCCUCACCCGCCAGAGGGAUGGUGGCAUCGAGGCUACUCCGGCGUAGGCCGCGAGAAGGUGACCCAGAUGGUGUUUGACAGCGACACCCUCGGCGAGCUCCGCAAGAUCCCCGACGUCAAGGAGUCCUUCGAGAUGGGACGAGAGGACGACGAGAUCACCCCCAACAUCUGGCUGCCAGAGUCGACCAUCCCUGGGUUCCGUGCGUUCUUCAACAACUUCUUCGAGAUCAACCAUGAUGUUGGGCAGGAAAUAUUGCGCGCAGUGGCGAUAGGGAUGGGGCUCGACAGGGACUUUUUCGAAUCGUACCAUACGAUGAAAGACAACCAGAUCAGACUACUUCACUACCCUCCCGUGGAAGAGGAGAUGCUUCGACAGGGUGAAAAAGAGCGUAUAGCUGCUCAUACUGACUUUGCUACGAUGACUCUACUCUUCCAGGACGACGUUGGCGGGCUGGAAGUCGAAGAUAUCCGCCAAACGGGGGUGUUCAAUCCUGUUCCAUACAUCCCUGGCACUAUGGUGGUAAACAUUGGGGAUUUCCUUAUGAGAUGGAGUAACGAUACGCUUCGGUCGACGAUGCAUCGGGUCAGGGCUCCGCCGGUGGUAAACGUGGAUGAGAACGAGCAGGAGAAGGAUGGGGGUUCGGGUGGUCGACGAAUGAGUCGGGCCAGGUACUCGAUUCCUUAUUUCAUUGCUGCAAAUAAGAACAAGGUGAUUGACUGCCUGCCUGGCUGCCAUGGUCCGGACCGACCCAAGAAGUAUGCGCCGAUUACUUCGGGGGAUUAUAUCGCCAUGAGACUGAAUGCCAUCUCCUAGAUAGUGUCCAUAACUACGUAGCUGCUUUUUAGUCUUAUGUUGUUUACAGAAUGAUGAUGAGAUCUAACGUGCCAUCAGCUAAAAUCGUUCUCUAAACUACCCCCAUAUCAUCGCCUUCGAGCCUCAUUCCCGCCAGCAUGGUAACUUUGCCCUGGCGUGGGUCGUGCCGAAGAGGCAAAAGGACGACUGAUGAGACUUCCUCGCCACUAGUUGCCCCUUUGAUACAGAGCCAGGACUGCCUCGCUUCUCGAUUAUGGGGCUCUAGCAAGGAGUUCCCUAGAUGAAAGAAAGAGGUCAUCCUAGAUACACUAUUAUUAUGGUCAAACACAGUCCACAAUCGGGUUAAAUAUAGCAGCCUGGACACUCAGGAGUUAGUCCGAGGUGGAUUUCAUCUUUGCUUCUAACUAGCUAGUUCUCACUAACUAGUUAGUUAACCAGUUAGCUAGUUUCCCAGGACAUGGAUACUUCGAUCUUCAUUGACUUUGGUUCUCACGAUCGUUUAGUUAGCUAACUACCCAGAAAAUAACGUGGCUCAUCCUGGAUAACGGCUUCCUAGCCGAGAUCGACCAGUUGAAGUAGUUAUCCAAAUAGUUACUCGCGACAUAUAGGUCUAAACUCGAUAGUUCAGAGAACAAGCUGUAAAGGUGCAUGAUGGUUGUACCGAGUCUGUUGCCCUUGGUGAUGGUUACAUGAACUAUGCAGAUCACCCUGCGUUGGGCGGUGACAUGGCUUGAUCAAUACUCUG